AUGGCAUCAUGUGACCUCCCGUACUUCUGCCCUCGCUGCGGAGACGACAAGCGUUUCGACAGCGUACCUGCCCUCCGCUCUCACCUGGUCAGCCGUCACACCUACGAGACCCUCCUGGUUCUGUCCCAGGCCCGGGCCAGGAGCUCCAGCCCAGGAACCCUGCUCCCACUCCUCCCCAACCCCAUGGCCCAGCCGGAGCACCCCGUCCUGGGCCCGGAGAGGGAGAGACUCCCCUUCCCCCUGGCCUGCCUGGAUCUAGCCUCCUCCUCCUCUGCCUCGGCCCAGCUACUCAUUGAGAUGUUGACCAGGAGAGACCAGGGAGGAGGGUCAUCUGGUCCUGGCAGGUCUGCUGGUACUGUAGAUAAUGCACCUCCUCACAGCUCCACGGCCCUGGUCCUGCCUGGCUGCAGGGGAGACAGCCUGGCUGAACUGGGGCUGAGAGGUCUAGGCCACCGGGGGCUGGGACCAAGCCUGGGCCUGGAGAUUGGGCUCUGCCUGGACGAGAGCCUCACUCUGGGGCUGGGGCUUGACGAGAGGCUGGGGGUGGAGCGGAGUAUCGCCAGGACGUUUGCCGAGGUGGAGGAGAGGGUGGCCCAGCGUGUGGGCUGUCUGAGGGCGGAGCUAGAGCGUCGGGAGGCGGAGUUAGCGCAUGAGAGGCGGGACGCGGAGCGGCUGGGGAGGGAGAAGGAGGAGCUGGAGGACCAGGCGUCCCAUCUCUCCCGGCAGGUGGCGGUUUCCGUGGAGAUGAUGGCCACUCUGAGGAGAGACUUGCAGGGGAAGGAGCAGGAGCUGGGCCGCAAGCAGCAGUGAGUGAUUAUAAUGCUUCAUAACAUGCUUAUAACGCUUCAUAGCACAUUUAUAACACUUCAUAAUGUCUACAUACAGCAGUCAUUAGAGUGAUAUUACAGAAGUCAAGCAGCAGUCUACUGUUGCAUUAUGGUAUGUGUAGUCCCAUAUAUACUGUUGCAUUAUGGUAUGUGUAGUCCCAUGUCUACUGUUGCAUUAGUAGUCCCAUGCCUACUGUUGCAUUAUGGUAUGUGUAGUCCCAUGCCUACUGUUGCAUUAUGGUAUGUGUAGUCCCAUGUCUACUGUUACAUUAUGGUAUGUGUAGUCCCAUGUCUACUGUUGCAUUAUGGUAUGUGUAGUCCCAUGUCUACUGUUGCAUUAUGGUAUGUGUAGUCCCAUGCCUUCUGUGCAUUAUGGUAUGUGUAGUCCCAUGUCUACUGUUACAUUAUGGUAUGUGUAGUCCCAUGCCUUCUGUUGCAUUAUGGUAUGUGUAGUCCCAUGUCUACUGUUGCAUUAUGGUAUGUGUAGUCCCAUGCCUACUGUUGCAUUAUGGUAUGUGUAGUCCCAUGUCUACUGUUACAUUAUGGUAUGUGUAGUCCCAUGCCUUCUGUUGCAUUAUGGUAUGUGUAGUCCCAUGUCUACUGUUACAUUAUGGUAUGUGUAGUCCCAUGCCUUCUGUUGCAUUAUGGUAUGUGUAGUCCCAUGUCUACUGUUACAUUAUGGUAUGUGUAGUCCCAUGCCUUCUGUUGCAUUAUGGUAUGUGUAGUCCCAUGUCUACUGUUGCAUUAUGGUAUGUAUAGUCCCAUGUCUACUGUGCAUUAUGGUAGUGUGUCCCAUGCCUACUGUUGGCAUUAUGGUUAUGUGUAGUCCCAUGUCUACUGUUUAGCAUUAUGGUAUGUAUAGUCCCAUGUCUACUGUGGCAUUAUGGUAUGUGUAGUCCCAUGUCUACUGUUACAUUAUGGUAUGUUGUAGUCCCAAUGCCUACUGUUGCAUUAUGGUAUGUGUAGUCCCAUGUCUACUGUUGCAUUAUGGUAUGUAUAGUCCCAUGUCUACUGUUACAUUAUGGUAUGUGUAGUCCCAUGCCUACUGUUGCAUUAUGGUAUGUGUAGUCCCAUGUCUACAGGGUGGAUCAGUGUCAAGGCUGGGGCCUGAUGAUAACACUAUCUGACAGGGUGGGACAGGGCCUUAAGCGCAUACAAGCUCCACUCUGUCGAUCGUCGUGUGCAUAAAGGUGCAGUCGGUUUUUUGGGGGCAGCGGACACUAUUUACCAAAGCCUCGUUGCGUUCCACCAAUGAGAUGAAGUCUGCCUUGUGCAGUGUAUAUCCACUAGGGGGCAGUGGGAGCCAGAGUAGCUUAGCAAGCAAGAGGGGCCAGGCUCUCUUUGACUGGAGCUAGCAUUUGAAAUUGAACAUUUAUAUGCCUUUUUGAUUACAAAUACUAGCUAGCUUCAUGUCAGGCUAGUCAGGUGUUCUAUGCUUUACAACGCUACUUCUUUAGCCACAGAAGCAGAAGCAGACAUUUCUCUCUAUGAAUUGCAAGUGCUCCUACUACUCAGGAGAAGGGAAGAAAAUGAGCCACUGAACAGUUACAAGAUGGAGAAUAUACCUCUUAUCCAACCUAUACGAACUAUUGACGGUGAAAGGUAUUUCCUACAAGGGCUUCUUCUCAAUGGUCCUGAUGGCAGUCUGCGAUGCAGAGCAAGUUGGGCAGAGCAACUCAUUGCAGGCUAGCUGCCGCUACCUAGGCCAGAGAGUUUGGACCCAAACACCGAGCCCGCUGCCGCUACCAAGGCCAGAGAGUUUGGACCCAAACACCGAGCCAGAGAGUUUGGACCCAAACACCGAGCCCAUUAGUCUCAGUGGGAGACGAGGCAUUCCCUCUGAGGGUAAACCUGAUGCGACCUUAUCCAGGUAAGAUACGCUAAAUACAUGUGACUAUACAUAUGAUGUGAAAAUGAUACCAAUAUAGACGUAAUGAUUUGCCACAUAAAAGUGGUUUGGCAUCCUAGUAAAAUGAUGGGGGCCUAUGUCCAAAGCAUAGGCUUCACAGUUGUCACAGUACACAUUUGAUAUCCUUCAUGUUCCUGUUCAACAGUAAUGGAAAUGCUUCUUUAUUAAAAGGUUAUUCUGGCCGUGAUGAUGCCAAGAAGAUCUACUACUACCGUCACUCAAGAGCCAGAAGAAUGUCAAAGAACUGCUUUGGGAUUCUUGCUGCAAGGUGGAGGAUCCUGGAACGAGCCCUUGAGGUUGAGGCUCCAGAGAAAGAUGAGACCACUGUGAAGAUGGAGGAUCCUGAGAUGAGUCCUUGAGAUUGAAGCUCCAGAGAAAGAUGAGACCACUGUGAAGAUGGAGGAUCCUGAGAUGAGUCCUUGAGAUUGAAGCUCCAGAGAAAGAUGAGACCACUGUGAAGAUGGAGGAUCCUGAGAUGAGUCCUUGAGGUUGAGGCUCCAGAGAAAGAUGAGACCACUGUGAAGAUGGAGGAUCCUGAGAUGAGUCCUUGAGGUUGAGACUCCAGAGAAAGCUGAGACCACUGUGAAGAUGGAGGAUCCUGAGAUGAGUCCUUGAGGUUGAGACUCCAGAGAAAGCUGAGACCACUGUGAAGAUGGAGGAUCCUGAGAUGAGUCCUUGAGGUUGAGUGAAGACCUGCGUGGCUCUCCACAACUACCUUCACACUACAGAAACUGACAACACAGACACUGACAUCACAGAUACUGACAACACAGACACUGACAGCACAGAUACUGACAACACAGACACUGACAGCACAGAAACUGACAACACAGACACUGACAACACAGACACUGACAGCACAGAAACUGACAACACAGAUACUGACAUCACAGAUAAUGACAACACAGAUACUGACAACACAGACACUGACAGCACAGAGUCAUCAACACGGUGCAUCCACCCCACUGGGGACCUGCGUCCAGGUGAAUGGAGACCGGUGGUACAAGGGGAGACAUUAGCUUCCUGGACCCAACAAAUAUGUUGGCAGACAGGGCAAACAGAGUUACUAUAGACGUGCACAACAACCUCAAGGACUACUUCCUCACACCAGCUGGCCAAGUGCCUCUCCAGGAUGCUGCUAUCGCACAUGGCACCCUACAGUAUGCUGCUAUCACACAUGGCACCCUACAGUAUGCUGCUAUCGCACAUGGCACCCUACAGUAUGCUGCUAUCGCACAUGGCACCCUACAGUAUGCUGCUAUCGCACAUGGCACCCUACAGUAUGCUGCUAUCACACAUGGCACCCUACAGUAUGCUGCUAUCACACAUGGCACCCUACAGUAUGCUGCUAUCGCACAUGGCACCCUACAGUAUGCUGCUAUCACACAUGGCACCCUACAGUAUGCUGCUAUCGCACAUGGCACCCUACAGGAUGCUGCUAUCGCACAUGGCACCCUACAGUAUGCUGCUAUCACACAUGGCACCCUACAGUAUGCUGCUAUCGCACAUGGCACCCUACAGUAUGCUGCUAUCGCACAUGGCACCCUACAGUAUGCUGCUAUCGCACAUGGCACCCUACAGUAUGCUGCUAUCACACAUGGCACCCUACAGUAUGCUGCUAUCACACAUGGCACCCUACAGUAAAUAUUCCAAUGUUGGAGUUGUCUGGAAAACAAGUACACAUGAUGUUCUCUUCCUCUGUGUGAUGACUGUUUAUGUUGGGAGCUACACACUUGGACUUGGCUGUUUGGGUUGAGCUGUUUUUCUAAUUCCCACAUUACAAACCACAAUAAAGACUAACAUAAAGACAGUCACUUCAUCCUGGUGUUGUUUUAGUUUGUCAUAUAUAUUUUUUCAAGACAUUUACCUAACCUUUUGUGUAGUGGCCUUUCAAUGAAUAUCUGUCCAGCUGCAGGCAACAGGGUUAGACUCUAGAGACAUUAACCUCAUCUACAGGGCCAGACUCUAGAGACAUUAACCUCAUCUACAGGGCCAGACUCUAGAGACAUUAACCUCAUCUACAGGGCCAGACUCUAGAGACAUUAACCUCAUCUACAGGGCCAGACUCUAGAGACAUUAACCUCAUCUACAGGGCCAGACUCUAGAGACAUUAACCUCAUCUACAGGGCCAGACUCUAGAGACAUUAACCUCAUCUACAGGGCCAGACUCUAGAGACAUUAACCUCAUCUACAGGGCCAGACUCUAGAGACAUUAACCUCAUCUACAGGGCUAGACUCUAGAGACAUACCUCAUCUACAGGGCCAGACUCUAGAGACAUUAACCAUCAUCUACAGGGCCAGACUCUAGAGACAUUAACCUCAUCUACAGGGCCAGACUCUAGAGACAUUAACCUCAUCUACAGGGCCAGACUCUAGAGACAUUAACCUCAUCUACAGGGCCAGACUCUAGAGACAUUAACCUCAUCUACAGGGCCAGACUCUAGAGACAUUAACCUCAUCUACAGGGCCAGACUCUAGAGACAUUAACCUCAUCUACAGGGCCAGACUCUAGAGACAUUAACCUCAUCUACAGGGCCAGACUCUAGAGACAUUAACCUCAUCUACAGGGCCAGACUCUAGAGACAUUAACCUCAUCUACAGGGCCAGACUCUAGAGACAUUAACCUCAUCUACAGGGCCAGACUCUAGAGACAUUAACCUCAUCUACAGGGCCAGACUCUAGAGACAUUAACCUCAUCUACAGGGCCAGACUCUAGAGACAUUAACCUCAUCUACAGGGCCAGACUCUAGAGACAUUAACCUCAUCUACAGGGCCAGACUCUAGAGACAUUAACCUCAUUACCAGGACUAGACUCUAGAGACAUUAACCUCAUCUACAUAACAACGUGGUACAUGGUCAUGUGGGGAGGCCUCCCUGCAAUGGGGUGUUCCAUGUUAUUGUACCUACUAGAUACAGGGUGUUCCAUGUUAUUGUACCUACUAGAUACAGGGUGUUCCAUGUUAUUGUACCUACUAGAUACAGGGUGUUCCAUGUUAUUGUACUACUAGAUACAGGGUGUUUCCAUGUUAUUGUACCUACUAGAUACAGGGUGUUCCAUGUUAUUGUACCUACUAGAUACAGGGUGUUCCAUGUUAUUGUACCUACUAGAUACAGGGUGUUCCAUGUUAUUGUACCUACUAGAUACAGGGUGUUCCAUGUUAUUGUACCUACUAGAUACAGGGUGUUCCAUGUUAUUGUACCUACUAGAUACAGGGUGUUUCCAUGUUAUUGUACCUACUAGAUACAGGGUGUUCCAUGUUAUUGUACCUACUAGAUACAGGGUGUUCCAUGUUAUUGUACCUACUAGAUACAGGGUGUUCCAUGUUAUGUACCUACUAGAUACAGGGUGUUCCAUGUUAUUGUACCUACUAGAUACAGGGUGUUCCAUGUUUAUUGUACCUACUAGAUACAGGGUGUUCCAUGGUUAUUGUACCUACUAGAUACAGGGGUGUUUCCAUGUUAUUGUACCUACCUAGAUACAGGGUGUUCCAUGUUAUUGUACCUACUAGAUACAGGGUGGUUCCAUGUUAUUGUACCUACUAGAUACAGGGUGUUCCAUGUUAUUGUACCUACUAGAUACAGGGUGUUCCAUGUUAUUGUACCUACUAGAUACAGGGUGUUCCAUGUUAUUGUACCUACUAGAUACAGGGUGUUCCAUGUUAUUGUACUACAAUAACAGGGUCCAUUUUACUAGAUACAGGGUGUUCCAUGUUAUUGUACCUACUAGAUACAGGGUGUUUCCAUGUUAUUGUACCUAACUAGAUACAGGGUGUUCCAUGUUAUUGUACCCUACUAGAUACAGGGUGUUCCAUGUUAUUGGUACCUACUAGAUACAGGGUGUUCCAAUGUUAUCGUAACCUACUAGAUACAGGGUGUUCCAUGUUAUCGUACCUACUAGAUACAGGGUGUUCCAUGUUAUUGUACCUACUAGAUACAGGGUGUUCCAUUUAUUGUAACCUACUAGAUACAGGGUGUUCCAUGUUAUUGUACCACUAGAUACAGGUGUUCCAUGUUAUUGUACCUACUAGAUACAGGGUGUUUCCAUGUUAUUGUACCUACUAGAUACAGGGUGUUCCAUGUUAUUGUACCUACUAGAUACAGGGUGUCCAUGUUAUUGUACCUACUAGAUACAGGGUGUUCCAUGUUAUUGUACUACUAGAUACAGGGUGUUCCAUGUUUUGUACCUACUAGAUACAGGGUGUUCCAUGUUAUUGUACCUACUAGAUACAGGGUGUUCCAUGUUAUUGUACCUACUAGAUACAGGGUGUUCCAUGUUAUUGUACCUACUAGAUACAGGGUGUUCCAUGUUAUUGUACCUACUAGAUACAGGGUGUUCCAUGUUAUUGUACCUACUAGAUACAGGGUGUUCCAUGUUAUUGUACCUACUAGAUACAGGGUGUUCCAUGUUAUGUACCUACUAGAUACAGGGUGUUCCAUGUUAUUGUACCUACUAGAUACAGGGUGUUCCAUGUUAUUGUACCUACUAGAUACAGGGUGUUCCAUGUUAUUGUACCUACUAGAUACAGGGUGUUCCAUGUUAUUGUACCUAUAGAUACGGGUGUUCCAUGUUAUUGUACCUACUAGAUACAGGGUGUUCCAUGUUAUUGUACCUACAGAUACAGGGUGUUCCAUGUUAUUGUACCUACUAGAUACAGGGUGUUCCCAUGUUAGUGUACCUACUAGAUACAGGGUGUUCCAUGUUAUUGUACCUACUAGAUACAGGGUGUUCCAUGUUAUUGUACCUACUAGAUACAGGGUGUUCCAUGUUAUUUACCUACUAGAUACAGGGUGUUCCAUGUAUGUACUACUAGAUACAGGGUGUUCCAUGUUAUUGUACUACUAAUACAGGGUGUUCCUGUUAUUGUACCUACUAGAUACAGGGUGUUUCCAUGUUUAUUGUACUACCUAAUGUACAGGGUGUUUCCAUGUUAUUGGUACCUACUAGAUACAGGGUGGUUCCAUGUUUAUUGUACCGACUAAAUACCAAGGGGGGUGGUUCCACUGUUAUUGUACCUACUAGAUUACAGGGUGUUCCAUGGUUCAGUGUAACCUACUAGGAUCACAGGGUGUUUCCAUGUGAUUGUACCUACUAGAUACAGGGUGUUCCAUGUUAUUGUACCUACUAUAUACAGGGGUGUUUUCCAUGUUAUUGUGUACCCUACUAGAUUACACAGGGGUUCCAUGUUUUGUACCUACUAGAUACAGGUGUUCCAUGUUAUUGUCCGUACUAGAUACAGGGUGUUCCAUGUUAUGGUACCAAUACUAGAUACAGGGUUGUUCCAUGUUUAUCCGUACCUACUAGAAUACAGGGUGUUUCCAUGUUAUUGUACCUACUAGAUACAGGGUGUUCCAUGUUAUUUGUACCUACCCGAUACGGUGUGUUCCAAUUGUUAUUUGUACCUACUAGAUACAGGGUGUUCCAUGUUAUUGUACUACUAGAUCAGGGUGUUCCAUGUUAUUGUACCUACUAGAUACAGGGUGUUCCAUUUAUGUACUACUAGAUCAGGGUGUUCCAUGUUAUUGUACCUACUAGAUACAGGGUGUUCCAUGUUAUUGUACCUACUAGAUACAGGUGUUCCAUGUUAUUGUACCUACUAGAUACAGGGUGUUCCAUGUUAUUGUACCUACUAGAUACAGGGUGUUCCAUGUUAUUGUACCUACUAGAUACAGGGUGUUCCAUGUUAUUGUACCUACUAGAUACAGGGUUGUUCCAUGUUAUUGUACCUACUAGAUACAGGGUGUUUCCAUGUGUAUUGUACCUACUAGAUACAGGUGUUCCAUGUUAUUGUACUACUAGAUACAGGUGUUUCCAUGUUAUUGUACCUACUAGAUACAGGUGUUCCAUGUUUGUACCUACUAGAUACAGGUGUUCCAUGUUAUUGUACCUACUAGAUACAGGGUGUUCCAUGUUAUUGUACCUACUAGAUACAGGGUGUUCCAUGUUAUUGUACCUACUAGAUACAGGGUGUUCCAUGUUAUUGUACCUACUAUAUACAGGGGUGUUCCAUGGUUAUUGUAACCUACUGAUACAGGGUGUUCCAUGUUUAUUGUACUACUAAGAUACAAAGGGUGUUCCAUGUUAUUGUACCUUACUAGAACCGGGUGGUUCCAUUUAUUGUAACCUACUAGAUAACAGGUUUCCAGUUUUGUAACCUACUAUUACGUGUGUUCCAUGUAUUUGUACCUACUAGAUACAGGUGUUCCAUGUUAUUGUUACUCUACUAGAUACCGUACAGGGUGUUCAUGUUUUGUAACCUACGAGAUACAGGUGUUACUUUAUUGUACCUACUAGAUCAGGGUGUUCCCCAUUUAUGUUACCUACUAUAUACGGUGUUCCCAUGUUAUUGUACGACUAGAUACAGGUGUUACAUGUUAUUGUACCUUACUAGUACAGGGUUUCCGAUGUUAUUGUACCACUAGAUACAGGGUGUUCCAUGUUAUUGUACCUACUAGAUACAGGGUGUUCCAUGUUAUUGUACCUACUAGAUACAGGGUGUUCCAUGUUAUUGUACCUACUAGAUCAGGGUGUUCCAUGUUAUUGUACCUACUAGAUACAGGGUGUUCCAUGUUUAUUGUACCUACUAGAUACAGGGUGUUCCAUGUUAUUGUACCUACUAGAUACAGGGUUGUUUGUCCAUGUUAUUGGUACGCUGACUAGAUACAGGGUGUUCCAUGUUAUUGUACCUACUAGAUACAGGGUGUUUCCAUGUUAUUGUACCUACUAGAUACAGGGUGUUCCAUGUUAUUGUACCUACUAGAUACAGGGUGUUCCAUGUUAUUGGUACCUACUAGAUACCAGGGUGUUCCAUGUUAUUGUACCUACUAGAUACCAGGGUGUUCCAUGUUAUUGUACCUACAGAUACAGGGUGUUCCAUGUUAUUGUACCUACUAGAUACAGGGUGUUCCAUGUUAUUGUACCUACUAGAUACAGGUGUUCCAUGUUAUUGUACCUACUAGAUACGGGUGUUUCCAUGUUAAUUGUACCUACUAGAUACAGGGUGUUCCAUGUUAUCGUACCUACUAGAUACAGGGUGUUCCAUGUUAUUGUACCUACUUAUUUGUUGUUUGUUUCACAAGAAAAAAUAUUUUGCAUCUUCAAAGUGGUAAGCAUGUUGUGUAAAUCAAAUGAUACAAACCCCCCCCCCAAAAAAAAAAAAUCAAUUUUAAUUCCAGGUUUUAAGGCAACAAAAUAGGAAAAAUGCCAAAGGGGGGGUGAAUACUUUCGCAAGCCACUGUAUAUCUGUGUGGGUGGAUGUUAACGUGUAUAUGUAUAUAUAUGUUUGCAUCACAGGGAGGUGUGUGAUAUUGAGCGGUUCCUGACAGCCACAGCGGAGAGAGAGGCAGAGGCUAAGCUGCGGCUGCAGUCCUUUAUAGAGGCUCUGUUGGAACGAGCCGACCGGGCAGAGAGCCAGCUGCAGCUACUGGUGGCUCCAGACAGACACACCCACAACAAUGACAGACACACCCACAACAAUGACAGACACACCCACAAUAAUGACAGACACACCCACAAUGAUAAUAGCCACACCCACAAUAACGAUAGUGACUCCCACAAUGGGACCAACGGCCACAGGACCAAUGGACACGCCCACAGUGAAGACGACAUCAUCACAGGGUCAAAGUUAAUUGGCUACAGGGUGAGAAGGAACAAUUUAUCUGAUCAUUGAUUGGCUGAGCAGUCCAUAUAACCAGCUACCCAGGUCUUGGGGUGAUGGCUGGAAAUAUUGUAAUAAUGUUCCCUCUCUACUUCUCUCUCUCAUCGUAACACUAUCUUUGUUGUCUCUGGCUAGUUCUGUGAUCAUAUCUUCUCGACUGAAUACUAUCUACAGAGCAUCUUAAGUACUAUGUAAGAUCUAUCUCAUAUCUUGUCUUAUUCGGCUCCAUAAUAGUAUCUCAUAUCUCAUCAUCACUCAAAUAUAUAAACUCUGCCAUCUCUCGAUCUCUUGCCUCUCUACUGUCUCUCUCGUUCUCCUGUCUGUCUCUCUCCCCUCCUCUCAUCUACUCUCUCUCCUCUCUCUCUCUCUCUCUCUCUCUCCUCUCUCUCUCUCUCUCUCUCUCUCUCUCUCUCUCUCUCUCUCUCUCUCUCUCUCUCUCUCUCUCAUAGAGAAGCUACAGUGUAUCUGGGCCGUACAGACUAGGAGACCAGAUCUAUCACCACCACUAUGGGUAGAUACACCUCAUUAUCAUCAUUUAUCUUUGUUGAUCCUGGUUCAUCAUUUAUCUGUGUUGAUCCUGGAUCAUUAUUUAUCUGUGUUGAUCCUGGAUCAUCAUUUAUCUCUGUUGAUACCAGAUCAUAAUAAUAUAAUAUAAUAUAAUAUGCCAUUUAGCAGACGCUUUUAUCCAAAGCGACUUACAGUCAUGCGUGCAUACAUUUUUGUGUAUGGGUGGUCCCGGGGAUCGAACCCACUACCUUGGCGUUACAAGCGCCGUGCUCUACCAGCUGAGCUACAGAGGACCACAUCAUCAUUUAUCUCUGUUGAUACCAGAUCAUUAUUUAUCUGUGUUGAUCCUGGAUCAUCAUUUAUCUCUGUUGAUACCAGAUCAUCAUUUAUCUGUGUUGAUCCUGGAUCAUCAUUUAUCUGUGUUGAUCCUGGAUCAUCAUUUAUCUGUGUUGAUCCUGGAUCAUUAUUUAUCUGUGUUGAUCCUAGAUCAUCAUUUAUCUCUGUUGAUACCAGAUCAUCAUUUAUCUCUGUUGAUACCAGAUCAUUAUUCAGCUGUGUUGAUCCUGGAUCAUUAUUUAGCUGUGUUGAUCCUAUAUUGUCAAUCUAAUUUGUUGAUUGAUUGUUGAUCCAGGAUCAACAAGAUAAUGCUGAUAUAGGGUGGAUAUCACUCUGCGGAAUCAGGACAUGUACAGUGCCUUGCAAAAGUAUUCAUCCCCCUUGGCGUUUUUCCUAUUUUGUUGCAUUACAACCUGCAAUUUAAAUAGAUUUUUAUUUUGAUUUAAUGUAAUGGAAUUGCACAAAAUAGUCCAAAUUGGUGAAGUGACAAAGUUGUGGAGAAGUACAGAUCAGGGUUGGGUUAUAAAAAAAUAUACGAAACUUUGAACAUCCCACGGAGCACCAUUAAAUCCAUUAUAAAAAAAUGGAAAGAAUAUGGCACCACAACAAACCUGCCAAGAGAGGGCCGCCCACCAAAACUCACGGACCAGGCAAGGAGGGUAUUAAUCAGAGAGGCAACAAAGAGACCAAAUAUAACCCUGAAGGAGCUGCAAAGCUCCACAGCGGAGAUUGGAGUAUCUGUCCAUAGGACCACUUUAAGCCGUACACUCCACAGAGCUGGGCUUUAUGGAAGAGUGGUCAGAAAAAAGCCAUUGCUUAAAGACAAAAAUAAGCAAACAUGUUUGGUGUUCACCAAAAGGCAUGUGGGAGACUCCCCAAGCAUAUGGAAGAAGGUACUCUGGUCAGAUGAGACUAAAUUGAGCUUUUUGGCCAUCAAGGAAAACGCUAUGUCUGGCACAAACCCAACACCUCUCAUCACCCCGAGAACACCAUCCCCACAGUGAAGCAUGGUGGUGGCAGCAUCAGGCUGUGGGGAUGUUUUUCAUCUGCAAGGACUGGGAAACUGGUCAGAAUUGAAGGAAUGAUGGAUGGCGCUAAAUACAGGGAAAUUCUUGAGGGGAACCUGUUUCAGUCUUCCAGAGAUUUGAGACUGAGACGGAGGUUCACCUUCCAGCAGGACAAUGACCCUAAGCAUACUGCUAAAGCAACACUUGAGUGGUUUAAGGGGUAACAUUUAAAUGUCUUUGAAUGGCCUAGUCAAAGCCCAGACCUCAAUCCAAUUGAGAAUCUGUGGUAUGACUUAAAGAUUGCUGUACACCAGCGGAACCCAUCCAACUUGAAGGAGCUGUAGCAGUUUUGCCUUGGAGAAUCGGCAAAAAUCCCAGUGGCUAGAUGUUCCAAGCUUAUAGAGACAUACCCCAAGAGACUUGCAGCUGUAAUUGCUGCAAAAGGUGGCUCUACAAAGUAUUGACUUUGGGGGUGUGAAUAGCUAUGCAAACUCAAGUUUUCUGUUUUUUUUUGUCUUAUUUCUUGUUUGUUUCACAAUGUAAUUUUUUUGUUGCAUCUUCAAAGUGGUAGGCAUGUUGUGUAAAUCAAAUGAUACAAACACCCCCCCAAAAAACAUUUUAAUUCCAGGUUGUAAGGCAACAAAGUUGGAAAAAUGCCAAGGGGGUGAAUACUUUCGCAAGCCACUGUAUCUGUCUCCCUUUCUCUCUCUAGAGCCCCCACUGGUCGUAUGCGAACCAUGUCCCUGGGUUCUGGGGGGUGGGAGAGUGACUCGGUGGGGGGGUGGGCCGCCCCUCUGGAAGCCUCUAGUGAACCCCAUUACUACCACGUUCCCUGCUCCACUCGAGAGGGGGGAGAGAGGAGGGAGAGGGGGUACAGGUGCACCCCAGAGGGGAGGGGAGGGUGGGGGCGGACCAGGUGGAGGGCGCCCCCCAGCACAGAGGAAGAGGAGGAAGAGGAGGAGGAGGAGGAGGACACAUGGUCAGAGGCCUGGAGCACACCUGAGACUCAGAGACACGCAGACGUCAGGCUGGAACCCUCACCUGGCUCAGGUAAUAACCUUUAACCUUACCAGGCUGGAACCCUCACCUGGCUCAGGUAAUAACCUUUAACCUUACCAGGCUGGAACCCUCACCUGGCUCAGGUAAUAACCUUUAACCUUACCAGGCUGGAACCCUCACCUGGCUCAGGUAAUAACCUUUAACCUUACCAGGCUGGAACCCUCACCUGGCUCAGGUAAUAACCUUUAACCUUACCAGGCUGGAACCCUCACCUGGCUCAGGUAAUAACCUUUAACCUUACCAGGCUGGAACCCUCACCUGGCUCAGGUAAUAACCUUUAACCUUACCAGGCAGCAGGGAAAAGGUUAACAUUAGCAUCCACCAUCACAAUCGUUGUUCAAUGCUUACCCACUUUCUAAAUGACACCCUAUUGAACAGGGUCAAUACGGCUCUGGUCAAAAUACGUGCCCUAUAUACACUGACUACACCAACCAUUAGGAACAAACACCUUCCUAAUAUCAACACUGACUGAAGUGGAUUUAACAGGUGACAUCCAUAAGGGAUCAUAGCUUUCACCUGGAUUCACCUGGUCAGUCUACGUCAUGGAAAGAGGAGGUGUUCUUAAUGUUUUGUACACUCAGUGUAUAUAGGGAAUAGGGUACCAUUUGGGCAGCCUUGUCUGUGUCUAAACUCCAGCCUUGUCUGUGUCUAAACUCCAGCCUUGUCUGUGUCUAAACUCCAGCCUUGUCUGUGUCUAAACUCCAGCCUUGUCUGUGUCUAAACUCCAGCCUUGUCUGUGUCUAAACUCCAGCCUUGUCUGUGUCUAAACUCCAGCCUUGUCUGUGUCUAAACUCCAGCCUUGUCUGUGUCUAAACUCCAGCCUUGUCUAUGUCUAACUCCAGCCUUGUCUGUGUCUAAACUCCAGCCUGUCUGUGUCUAAACUCCAGCUUGUCUGUGUCUAAACUCCAGCCUUGUCUGUGUCUAAACUCCAGCCUUGUCUGUGUUUAAACUCCAGCCUUGUCGUGUCUAAACUCCAGCCUUGUCUGUGUCUAAACUCCAGCCUUGUCUGUGUCUAAACUCCAGCCUUGUCUGUGUAUAAACUCCAGCCUUGUCUGUGUCUAAACUCCAGCCUUGUCUGUGUCUAAACUCCAGCCUUGUCUGUGUCUAAACUCCAGCCUUGUCUGUGUCUAAACUCCAGCCUUGUCUGUGUCUAAAUCCAAGCCUUGUCUGUGUCUAACUCCAGCCUUGUCUGUGUCUAAACUCCAGCCUUGUCUGUGUCUAACUCCAGCUUGUCUUGUGUCUAAACUCCACCUGGUCACUGGUUGUCUAAACUCCACCUUGUCUGUGUCUAAACCCAGCCUUGUCUGUGUCUAAACUCCAGCCUUGUCUGUGUCUAAACUCCAGCCUUGUCUGUGUCUAAACUCCAGCCUUGUCUGUGUCUAAACUCCAGCCUUGUCUGUGUCUAAACUCCAGCCUUGUCUGUGUCUAAACUCCAGCCUUGUCUGUGUCUAAACUCCAGCCUUGUCUGUGUCUAAACUCCAGCCUUGUCUAUGUCUUCGUGUGUCUUACUAUCUCUACCUGAUGUUUCCUCCAGGUGUGUCGUCCGUGCAGUCCAGCCCGUGUCACCGUGGUGACAUAGCGUUGGGGGCGGGGACUCUGAGACUGAGGGCGGGGUUAUUCUGUGUGUUUCCUUAUUUGGAUGUGCGGACGUUGCUGCUCGUCGCUGAGGUGUGCUCUGAUUGGAGGUUUGUGGCAAGACACCCGGCCGUCUGGACACGGGUACGACUGGAGAACGCCAGAGUCUCCGCUAAGGUAAACGCACCUUUGGCAUAAUAAUCAUCAUUGAUAUCAUUGCAGUGAAGUUACGGUCAUGUUUGGGUCUAUUUCAGUUCUGUUUUAGUUCAUGGUUGUGUUUCACUCCUGUUCUCACGGUGUGGUUGUGGUUAAUGUAUGUUAAUGUUAUGUUAUUUUAUGGUUGUGUUUUUGAUCCAUGGUUGUGUUUCAGUUCCUGGUGACGUUGUCUCAGUGGUAUACUCAAACACUCCCUGGUGUGGUUGUGUUAUGGUUAAUCCAUGGUUGUGUUGUGGUUGUGUUGUGGUUGUGUUAUGGUUAAGCUAAGGUUGUGUUAUGGGUUGUGUUUCAGUUCCUGGUGACGUUGUCACAGUGGUAUACUCAGACACACUCCCUGGUGUAGUUGUGUUAUGGUUAAUCCAUGGUUGUGUUGUGGUUGUAGUUGUGUUAUGGUUAAUCCAUGGUUGUGUUAUGGUUGUAGUUGUGUUAUGGUUAAUCCAUGGUUGUGUUAUGGUUGUAGUUGUGUUAUGGUUAAUCCAUGGUUGUGUUGUGGUUGUGUUAUGGUUAAUCCAUGGUUGUGUUGUGGUUGUUUUAUGGUUAAUCCAUAGUUGUGUUGUGGUUGUGUUAUGGUUAAUCCAUGGUUGUGUUAUGCUUGUGUUGUGGUUGUUUUAUGAUUAAUCCAUGGUUGUGUUGUGGUUGUAGUUGUGUUAUGGUUAAUCCAUGGUUGUGUUGUGGUUGUAGUUGUGGUUGUUUUAUGGUUAAUCCAUGGUUGUGUUAUGGUUGUGUUGUGGUUGUUUUAUGGUUAAUCCAUGGUUGUGUUGUGGUUGUAGUUGUGUUAUGGUUAAUCCAAUGGUUGUGUUAUGGUUGUGUUGUGGUUGUUUUAUGGUUAAUCCAUGGUUGUGUUGUGGUUGUAGUUGUAUUAUGGUUAAUCCAUGGUUGUGUUGUUGUUGUAGUUGUGUUAUGGUUAAUCCAUGGUUGUGUUAUGGUUGUAGUUGUGUUAUGGUUAAUCCAUGGUUGUGUUAUGGUUGUGUUGUGGUUGUUUUAUGGUUAAUCCAUGGUUGUGUUGUGGUUGUAGUUGUGUUAUGGUUAAUCCAUGGUUGUGUUAUGGUUGUGUUGUGGUUGUUUUAUGGUUAAUCCAUGGUUGUGUUAUGGUUGUGUUGUGGUUGUUUUAUGGUUAAUCCAUGGUUGUGUUGUGGUUGUAGUUGUAUUAUGGUUAAUCCAUGGUUGUGUUGUGGUUGUAGUUGUGUUAUGGUUAAUCCAUGGUUGUGUUAUGGUUGUAGUUGUGUUAUGGUUAAUCCAUGGUUGUGUUAUGGUUGUGUUGUGGUUGUUUUAUGGUUAAUCCAUGGUUGUGUUGUGGUUGUAGUUGUGUUAUGGUUAAUCCAUGGUUGUGUUAUGGUUGUAGUUGUGUUAUGGUUAAUCCAUGGUUGUGUUAUGGUUGUGUUGUGGUUGUUUUAUGGUUAAUCCAUGGUUGUGUUGUGGAUGUCUUAUGGUUAAUCCAUAGUUGUGUUAUGGUUGUGUUGUGGUUGUUUUAUGGUUAAUCUAUGGUUGUGUUGUGGUUGUAGUUGUGUUAUGGUUAAUCCAUGGUUGUGUUAUGGUUGUAGUUGUGUUAUGGUUAAUCCAUGGUUGUGUUGUGGUUGUAGUUGUGUUAUGGUUAAUCCAUAGUUGUGUUAUGGUUGUGUUGUGGUUGUUUUAUGGUUAAUCCAUGGUUGUGUUGUGGUUGUAGUUGUUUUAUGGUGAAUCCAUGGUUGUGUUGUGGUUGUAGUUGUGUUAUGGUUAAUCCAUGGUUGUGUUAUGGUUGUAGUUGUGUUAUGGUUAAUCCAUGGUUGUGUUGUGGUUGUAGUUGUGUUAUGGUUCAUCCAUGGUUGUGUUAUGGUUGUGUUGUAGUUGUGUUAUGGUUAAUCCAUAGUUGUGUUAUGGUUAAUCCAUGGUUGUGUUAUGGUUGUAGUUGUGUUAUGGUUAAUCCAUGGUUGUGUUAUGGUUGUGUUGUGGUUGUUUUAUGGUUAAUCCAUGGUUGUGUUGUGGAUGUUUUAUGGUUAAUCCAUAGUUGUGUUAUGGUUGUGUUGUGGUUGUUUUAUGGUUAAUCCAUGGUUGUGUUGUGGUUGUAGUUGUGUUAUGGUUAAUCCAUGGUUGUGUUAUGGUUGUAGUUGUGUUAUGGUUAAUCCAUGGUUGUGUUGUGGUUGUAGUUGUGUUAUGGUUAAUCCAUGGUUGUGUUAUGGUUGUGUUGUGGUUGUUUUAUGGUUAAUCCAAUGUUGUGUCAUGGUUGUAGUUGUGUUAUGGUUAAUCCAUGGUUGUGUUAUGGUUGUCUUGUGGUUGUUUUAUGGUUAAUCCAUGGUUGUGUUGUGGAUGUUUUAUGGUUAAUCCAUAGUUGUGUUAUGGUUGUGUUGUGGUUGUUUUAUGGUUAAUCCAUGGUUGUGUUGUGGUUGUAGUUGUGUUAUGGUUAAUCCAUGGUUGUGUUAUGGUUGUAGUUGUGUUAUGGUUCAUCCAUGGUUGUGUUAUGGUUGUGUUGUGGAUGUUUUAUGGUUAAUCCAUGGUUGUGUUAUGGUUAUAUUUCAGUUCCUCGUGACCAUGUCUCAGUGGUGUACUCAGACCCAUUCCCUGGUGCUCCAGAACCUCAAACCACGACCGCGACGCCGAAAUGAACGCAGAGAGGACUACGACAAGACCACACGGUAACCUCCAUUAAUAUCAAACAAGGACAACAAAACAUACAGUACUGGACCACACGGUAACCUCCAUUAAUAUCAAACAAGGACAACAAAACAUACAGUACUGGACCACACGGUAACCUCCAUUAAUAUUAAACAAGGACAACAAAACAUACAGUACUGGACCACACGGUAACCUCCAUUAAUAUUAAACAAGGACAACAAAACAUACAGUACUGGACCACACGGUAACCUCCAUUAAUAUUAAACAAGGACAACAAAAACAUACAGUACUGGACCACACGGUAACCUCCAUUAAUAUUAAACAAGGACAACAAAACAUACAGUACUGGACCACACGGUAACCUCCAUUAAUAUUAAACAAGGACAACAAAACAUACAGUACUGGACCACACGGUAAGCUCCAUUAAUAUUAAACAAGGACAACAAAACAUACAGUACUGGACCACACGGUCACCUCCAUUAAUAUCAAACAAGGACAACAAAACAUACAGUACUGGACCACACGGUAACCUCCAUUAAUAUCAAACAAGGACAACAAAACAUACAGUACUGGACCACACGGUAACCUCCAUUAAUAUUAAACAAGGACAACAAAACAUACAGUACUGGACCACACGGUAACCUCCAUUAAUAUUAAACAAGGACAACAAAAAUACAGUACUGGACCCACGGUAACUCCAUUAAUUUAAACAAGGACAACAAAACAUACGUACUGGACCACACGGUAACCUCCUUAAUAUUAAACAAGGACAACAAAACAUACAGUACUGGACCACACGGUAACCUCCAUUAAUAUAAACAAGGACAACAAAACAUCAGUCUGGACCACACGGUAACCUCCAUUAUUAAACAAGGACAACAAAACAUACAGUACUGGACCACACGGUAACUCCAUUAAUAUUAACAAGGACAACAAAACAUACAGUACUGGACCACACGGUAACCUCCAUAAUAUUAAACAAGGACAACAAAACAUACAGUACUGGACCACACGGUAACCUCCAUUAAUAUUAAACAAGGACAACACAAACAUACAGUACUGGACCACACGGUAACCUCCAUUAAUAUUAAACAAGGACAACAAAACAUACCAGUCCUGGACCACACGGUAACCUCCAUUAAUAUUAAACAAGGACAACAAAACAUACAGUACUGGACCCACACGGUAAACCUCCAUUAAUAUUAAACAAGGACAACAAAACAUACAGUACUGGACCACACGGUAACCUCCAUUAAUAUUAAACAAGGACAACAAAACAUACAGUACUGGACCACACGGUAACCUCCAUUAAUAUUAAACAAGGACAACAAACAUACAGUACUGGACACACGGUCACCUCCAUUAAUAUUAAACAAGGACAACAAAACAUCCAGUCCUGGACCACACGGUAACCUCCAUUAAUAUCAAACAAGGACAAACAAAACCAUACAGUACUGGACCACACGGGUAACCUCCAUUAAUAUUAAACAAGGACAACAAAACAUACAGUACUGGACCACACGGUAACCUCCAUUAAUAUCAAACAAGGACAACAAAAAAUACAGUACUGGACCACACGGUAACCUCCAUUAAUAUCAAACAAGGACAACAAAACAUACAGUACUGGACCACACGGUAACCUCCAUUAAUAUUAAACAAGGACAACAAAACAUACAGUACUGGACCACACGGUAACCUCCAUUAAUAUUAAACAAGGACAACAAAACAUACAGUCACUGGACCACACGGUCAUAUUGCAUUGGUAGCCUGCUAGCCUACAGCAACAGGGUGGUGUGUCUCUCCAGGGGCUGUCUGGAGGGAGGUGUGGAGGCGUUGCUGAGGUCAGCAGGAUGCAGUCUACUGGUGCUCAGAGUGUCUCACUGUCCUCACGUCCUGACUGACCGCUCCCUGUGGCUGGCAAGCUGCUACAGUAGAAACCUACAGCACCUCACAUACAGGUAACAUACAGCACCUCACAUACAGGUAACCUACAACACCUCACAUACAGGUAACCUACAGCACCUCACAUACAGGGAACCUACAGCACCUCACAUACAGGUAACCUACAGCACCUCACAUACAGGUAACCUACAGCACCUCACAUACAGGUAACCUACAGCACCUCACAUACAGGUAACCUACAACACCUCACAUACAGGUAACCUACAACACCUCACAUACAGGUAACCUACAACACCUCACAUACAGGUAACCUACAACACCUCACAUACAGGUAACCUACAGCACCUCACAUACAGGUAACCUACAGCACCUCACAUACAGGUAACCUACAGCACCUCACAUACAGGUAACCUACAGCACCUCACAUUUCCAGGUAACCUACAGCACCUCACAUACAGGUAACCUACAGCACCUCACAUACAGGUAACCUACAGCACCUCACAUACAGGUAACCUACAGCACCUCACAUACAGUAACCUACAGCACCUCACAUACAGGUAACUUACAGCACCUUACAUACAGGUAACCUAGAGAACCUCACAUACAGGUAACCUAGAGAACCUCACAUACAGGUAACCUACAGCACCUCACAUACAGGUAACCUACAGCACCUCACAUACAGGUAACCUACAGCACCUCACAUACAGGUAACCUACAGCACCUCACAUACAGGUAACCUACAGCACCUCACAUACAGGUAACCUACAGCACCUAACAUACAGGUAACCUACAGCACCUCACAUACAGGUAACCUACAGCACCUCACAUACAGGUAACCUACAGCACCUCACAUACAGGUAACCUACAGCACCUCACAUACAGGUAACCUACAACACCUCACAUACAGGUAACCUACAACACCUCACAUACAGGUAACCUACAACACCUCACAUACAGGGAACCUACAGCACCCUCACAUACAGGUAACCUACAGCACCUCACAUACAGGGAACCUACAGCACCUCACCUACAGUAACCUACUACAGGUACCUACAGCACCUCACAUACAGGUAAACCCUUACAGCACCUCACAUACAGGUAACCUACAGCACCUCACAUACAGGUAACCUACAGCACCUCACAUACAGGUAACCUACAGCACCUCACAUACAGGUAACCUACAGCACCUCACAUACAGGUAAACCUACAGCACCUCACAUACAGGUAACCUACAGCACCUCACAUACAGGUAACCUACAGCACCUCACAUACAGGUAACCUACAGCAACCUCACAUACAGGUAACCUACAGCACCUCACAUACAGGUAACCUACAACACCUCACAUACAGGUACCUACACACCUCACAUACAGGUAACCUACAGCACCUCACAUACAGGGAAACCUACAGCACCUCCCAUACAGGUAACCUACAACACCUCACAUACAAGGUAACCUACAACACCUCACAUACAGGUAACCUACAGCACCUCACAUACAGGUAACCUACAGCACCUCACAUACAGGUAACCUACAGCACCUCACAUACAGGUAACCCUACAACACCUCACAUACAGGUAACCUACAGCACCUCACAUACAGGUAACCUACAACACCUCACAUACAGGUAACCUACAACACCUCACAUACAGGGAACCUACAGCACCUCACAUACAGGUAACCUACAACACCUCACAUACAGGUAACCUACAGCACCUCACAUACAGGUAACCUACAGCACCUCACAUACAGAUAACCUACAGCACCUCACAUACAGGUAACCUACAGCACCUCACAUACAGGUAACUUACAGCACCUCACAUACAGGUAACCUACAGCACCUCACAUACAGGGAACCUACAGCACCUCACAUACAGGUAACCUACAGCACCUCACAUACAGAUAACCUACAGCACCUCACAUACAGGUAACCUACAACACCUCACAUACAGGGAACCUACAGCACAUCACAUACAGGUAACCUACAGCACCUCACAUACAGGUAACCUACAGCACCUCACAUACAGGUAACCUACAGCACCUCACAUACAGGUAACCUACAGCACCUCACAUACAGGGAACCUACAGCACAUCACAUACAGGGAACCUACAGCACCUCACAUACAGGUAACCUACAGCACCUCACAUACAGGUAACCUACAGCACCUCACAUACAGGUAACCUACAGCACCUCACAUACAGGUAACCUACAGCACCUCACAUACAUGUAACCUACAGCACCUCACAUACAGGUAACCUACAGCACCUUAGGGUCGUGUUGGUGUGUUUGUGUGUGAAGCCUCAUCAUGAGAGCAUGAGUCAGUCUCACCUCGACUACAUUUGCGUGCCUAUUCUGAAAUAACUGUGUGUGUAUGUCUGUUUGUGUUUGUCUGUGUGUGUGUGUGUGUGGUGUGUGUGUGUGUGUGUGUGUGUCUGUGUGUCAGGAGUUCGUCAGACCCCAUUGGUCAUGAGGUGGUGUGGGCUCUAGGAGCAGGCUGCAGAAACAUGACGUCCCUACAGGUGGCGCCACUACACCCCUGGUGAGUAACAGUGCCGUGGUAGUCGUAAAUUACAUUUUACAUGUUUUGUUAUUUAGCAGACACUAUUAUCCAGAGCGACUCAAUUUAUACCCUAAUUUACAUGGACACAAGAACUACAAUCAGCUACACAAAAUGAAGAUCCGGCGUAGAUGCGUAGAUAAAGUUGUGCGGACCCGCAAUUUGUAACGCAUUGCAAUUACGGAGAAUAACAAUUUUGCGUAGCAACUGCAUUCUUGCGUUGUGUACGUAGGGAAUGAAUUAGGCUCCAGUAGUCGUAGUAAGGCACUUAACCCUAAUUGCUCCUGUAAGUCGCUCUGGAUAAGAGCGUCUGCUAAAUGACUAAAAUGUAAAAUGUAAUGUAAUAUUAGUAGUAGUAGGUAGUAGUAGUAGUAGUAGAAAGUAUGUAUAAGUUGUACGAAGUAAUAUGUAGAGUGUGUAGUGUAGUAGUAGUAGUAGUGUAUAUAGAUGUAGUAGUGUAGUAGUAGUCGUAGUAGUAGAAGUAGUAGUAGUAAUAUUAGUAUGUAGUGUAGUAGUAGUAGUAGUAGUAGAUAGUCGUAGUAGUAGUAGUAGUAGUAGUAGUAGUAAUAGUUAGUAGUUAGUAGUAGUUAGUAGUAGUAGUUAGUAGUAGUAUUAGUAGUAGUGUAGUAGUAGUAGUAGUAGUAGUAGUAGUAGUGUAGUAGUAGUCGUAGUAUGGAAUAUAGUAAGUCGUGGUUAGUAGUAGUGGUUAGUAGGUUAGUAGUAAUUAGUAGUUAGUAGUAGUAGCCCUAGUAGUAGUAGGUAGUAGUAGUAGUAGUAGUAAGUCGUAUUAGUAGUAGUUAGUAGUAAUAUGUAGUAGUAGUAGUAGUAAUAUAGUAGUAGUAGUAGUAGUAGUAAUAUUAGUAGUAGUAGAAUAGAUCAAAUUAAAUCAAAUUGUAUUUGUCACAUGCGCCAAAUUCAACAGGUGCAGAUCUUACCGUGAAAUGCUUACUUGCAAGCCCUUAACCAACAAUGCAGUUUUAAGAAAAUUGAGUUAAGAAAAUAUUUACUAAAUAAACAAAAGUUUUAAAAAAGUAACACAAUAAAAUAACAGUAGCGAGGCUAUGUACAGGGGGUACCGGUACCGAGUCAAUGUGCGGGGGUACAGGUUAGUCCAGGUAAUUGAGGUAAUUUGUACAUGUAGGUAGACAGUGAGUAGCAGCAGUGUAGCAGCAGUGUAAAAACAAAGGAGGGUCAAUGCAAAUAGUCCAGGUAGCCAUUUGAUUGUUCAGCAGUUUUAUGGAUUGGGGGUAGAAGCUGUUAAGGAGCCUUUUGGUCCUAGACUUGGCGCUCCGGUACCACUUGCUGUGCGGUAGCAGAGAGAACAAUCUAUGACUUGGGUGACUGGAGUCUUUGACAGUUUUUUGGGCCUUCCUCUGACACCGCCUGGUAUAGAGGUCCUGGAUGGCAGGAAGCUUGACCCCAGUGAUGUACUGGGCUGUACGCACUACCCUCUGUAGCUCCUUACGGUCAGAUGCCGAGCAGUUGCCAUACCGGGCGGUGAUGCAACCGGUCAGGAUGCUCUCGAUGGUGCAGCUGUAGAACUUUCUGAGGAUCUGGGGACCCAUGCCAAAUAUUUUCAGUCUCCUGAGGGGGAAAGGCUUUGUCGUGCCCUCUUCACGACUGUCUUGGUGUGUUUGGACCGGGAUAGUUUGUUGGUGAUGUGGACACCAAGGAACUUCAAGCUCUCGACCCGCUCCACUACAGCCCCGUCGGUGUGAAUGGGGGCGUUUUCGGCCCUCCAUUUCCUGUAGUCCACAAUCAGCUCCUUUGUCUUGCUCACAUUGAGGGAGAGGUUGUUGUCCUGGCACCACACGGCCAGGUCUCUGACCUCCUCCCUAUAGGCUGUCUCAUCGUUGUCGGUGAUCAGGCCUACCACUGUUGUGUCGUCAGCAAACUUGAUGAUGGUGUUGGAGUCGUGCUUGGCGAUGCAGUCAUGAGUGAACAGGGAGUACAGGAGGGGACUGAGCACGCACCCCUGAGGGGCCCCCGUGUUGAGGAUCAGUGUGGCAGAUGUGUUGUUGCCUACCCUUACCACCUGGGGGUGGCCCGUCAGGAAGUCCAGGAUCCAGUUGCAGAGGGAGGUGUUUAGUCCCAGGGUCCUUAGCUUAGUGAUGAGCUUUGUGGGCACUAUGGUGUUGAACGCUGAGCUGUAGUCAAUGAACAUCAUUCUCACAUAGGUGUUCCUUUUGUCCAGGUGGGAAAAGGCAUUGUGGAGUGCAAUUGAGAUUGUGUCAUCUGUGGACCUGUUGGGGCGGUAUGCGAUUUGGAGUGGGUUUAAGGUUUCCGGGAAUGAUAGUGUUGAUGUGAGCCAUGACCAGCCUUUCAAAGCACUGCAUGGCUACAGAUGUGAGUGCUACGGGGCGGUAGUCAUAUAGGCAGGUUACCUUCACGUUCUUGGGUACAGGGACUAUGGUGGUCCGCCUUGAAACAUGUAGGUAUUACAGACUCGGUGUGGGAGAGGUUGGAAAUGUCAGUGGUAAUCCGUCUGGCCCCGCGGCCUUGUGAAUGUUUACCUGUUUAAAGGUCUUGCUCACAUCGGCUACGGAGAGCGUGAUCACACAGUCGUCCUGGAACAGAUGGUGCUCUCAUGCAUGCUUCAGUGUUGCUUGCCUCGAAGCGAGCAUAAAAGGCAUUUAGCCCGUCUGGUAGGCUCGCGUCACUGGGCAGCUCGCGGCUGGGUUUCCCUUUGUAGUCUGUAAUAGUUUACAAGCCCUGCCACAUCCGACGAGUGUCAGAGCUGGUGUAGUAGGAUUCAAUCUUAGUCCUGUAUUGACUCUUUGCCUGUUUGAUGGUUCAUCUGAGGGCAUAGCGGGAUUUCUUAUAAGCGUCAGGAUUAGUGUCCCGCUCCUUGAAAGCGGCAGCUCUAGCCUUUAGCUCAGUGCGGAUGUUGCCUGUAAUCCAUGGCUUCUGGUUGGGGUAUGUACGUACGGUCACUGUGGGGACGAUGUCAUCAAUGCACUUAUUGAUGAAGCCAGUGACUGAGGUGGUGUACUCCUCAAUGCCAUUGGAUGAAUCCCGGAACAUAUUCCAGUCUGUGUUAGCAAAACAGUCCUGUAGCGUAGCAUCUGUGUCAUCUGACCACUUCCUUAUUGAGCGAGUCACUGGUACUUCCUGAUUUGGUUUUUGCUUGUAAGCAGAAUUGUGGUCAGAUUUGCCAAAUGGAGGGCGAGGGAGAGCUUUGUGUGUGUGGAGUAAGUUUUUUUUCCCCCUCUAGUUGCACAUGUGACAUGCAUGGUAGAAAUGAGUUAAAUACAGAUUUAAGUUUCCCUGCAUUAAAUUCCCAGACCACUAGGAGCCCUACCUCUGGAUGAGCAUUUUCUGUUUGCUUAUGGCCUUAUACAGCUCGUUGAUUGCGGUCUUAGUGCCAGCAUCGGUUUGUGGAGGUAAAUAGACAGCUGUGAAAAAUAUAGAUGAAAACUCUCUUGGUAGAUAGUGUGGUCUACAGCUUAUCAUGAGGUACUCUACCUCAGACGAGCAAAACCUUGAGACUUCUUCAAUAUUAGACAUCAUGCACCAGCUGUUAUUGACAAAUAGACACUCAACUCGUCUAAACAGAUUUAGCUGUUAUGUCUUGCCGAUUCACGGCCAGUUGUAGUAUAGUAGUCGUAGUAGUGGUAGUAUAGUUGUCAUAUAUGUGUAGUAGUAGUAGUAGAAUAGUAGUAGUAUAGUAGUAGUAGUAGCAGUUGUAGUAGUAGUAUCGUGUAUUAGUAGUAGUAGUCAAAGUCAUAGUUGUAGUAGUAAUAAUAUAGUUGUAGUAGUAGUAGUAGUAGUAGUAGUAGUAGUAGUAGUAGUAGAAGUAGUAGUAGUAUAAGUAGUAGUAGUAGCAGUAGUAGUAGUAGUAGUAGUAGUAGUAGUAGUAGUAGUAGUAGUCGAAGUAGUAGUAGUAGUAGUUAGUAGUAGUGAGUGUAGAAAUAGUCGAGUAAAUAGUUCGUAGUAGUCAGUAGUAAAUAGUAGUAGUAGAGUAGUAGUAGUACAGUAGUAGUAGUCGUUGCGUAGUAGUAGUGUAGACAGUUUAGUAGUCGUACUGCAGUAGUAGUAAGUAGUGAGUGUCGAAGUAGCAGUAGUGUAGUAGUCGUAGUCAGUAUAGUAGUAGUUCGUCAGUGUAGUAGCAGUAGUAUGUAAAGUUAGUCGUAGUAGUAGCCGUAGUAGUAGUGGGGGUAGUAGUAGUGUGUAGAGUAGGAGUAGUAGCAGUAGUAGUGAGUAGUAGUAGUAGUAGUUUAGCAUAGUAGUAGAGUCGUAGCGUAGUAGUGUAUAGUAUAGUUAGCAGUAGAGUAGUAGUAGUCGCUGUGUAGAUAUGUUAGUGUAGUAGUAGUGUGUAGUUAGUAGUAGUUGUCAGUGAGUGUUAGUAGCUUAGUUAGUUGGUAGUAGCCUAGUGUAGUCAGUAGUAGUAGUGGUGUGUAGUUGUAGUUACGUUGUAGUAGUUAGUAGUAGUCGUAGUGUGUGUAGUUGUUAGUAUACUCUAUCUAGUAGUGUAGUAGUAGUUAUUAUCGUGUAGUAGUUGUAUAGUAGUAGUGUAUUAGUAGUAUAGUUAGUAUUAUAGUACGCAGUAGUGUAGUAGUAGUAGUUGUGGUAGUGAGUAGUAUGUAGUAGGUUAGUAGUGAGUAGUAGGGUAGUAGGUGUAGUAGUUACGUUAGUAGUAGUAGUGUAGUAGUAGAGUAGUAGCAGUAGUAGUAGUAGGAGUAUACAGUAGGUAGUAGUAGUAGUAGUUAGUGGUGUAGCAGUAGUAGUAGUAGUAUUGUAGUAGUAGUAGAAUAGUAUUAGUAGUAGUCUAGUAGUAAGCAGUAGUAGUAGUAGUAGUCAUAGAGAGUAGUAGUAGUAGUAGUAGUGGUAGUAGCAUAGUAGUAGUAGUAGUAGUAGUUAGUAGUGUAGUAGUGUAGAGUAGUAGUAGUAGAGAGGUAAGUGAGUAGUAGUAGUAGUAGUGAGUAGUAGAGUAGAGUAGUAGUAGUGGUAGUAGAGUAGUAGUAGUAGUAUGAUGAGUAGUAGUCGUAGUAGUAGUAUAGUGAGUAAGUAGUAGUAGCAGUUAGUAGCAGUAGUAGUGAGUAGCAGUAGUAGUAGUAGUAGUCAGUGUUAGUAGUAGUAGAGUAGUAGUAGUAGUAGUAGGUAGUUGGUAGUAGCAGUAGUAGUAGUAUAGUAGUAGUAGUAGUAGUGUGGGUAGUAGCAGUAGUAGUAGUAGUAGUAGUAGUGUGUAGUAGUAGUAGUAGUAGUAGUAGUGAGUAGUAGUAGUAGUAGUAGUAGUAGUAGUAGUGGUAGUACAGUUUAGUAUGUAGUAGUAUAGUAUAGUAGUAGUAGUGAGUAGUAGUAGUGUAGUAGAGUAGAGAUAGUAGUAGUGGUAGUAGUAGUAGUAGUAGUGGGUCAUAGUAGUGUAGCAGUGUAUAGGUAGUAGUAGUAGAGUAGUGGUAGUAGCAGUAGUAGUAGUUAGUAGUAGUAUAGUAGUUAGUAGUAGUAGUGUGUAGUAGCAGUUUUGUGUAGUAGUAGUAGUAGUAGUAGUAGUAGUAGUAGUAGUAGUUAGUAGUAGUAGUAGUUAGUAGUAGUUAGUAGUAGUAGUAGUAGUAGUAGUAGUAGUAGUAGUAGUAGUGGUAGUAGUAGUAUUAGUAGUAGUAUAGUUGUUGUUGUUGUUUUACUAUUUUCUGGCCUGUUCCUUUCCUUCCCCAGUCAGCAGCCGACCCGCUUCAGUAACCGAUGCCUGCAGAUGAUUGGCCGCUGUUGGCCACACCUCCGCGUGCUCAGUGUGGGCGGGGCUGGCUGUAGCAUUCAGGGAUUGUCCGCACUGGGUGAGUGA